GAAAUUCACAAUUGGGUGCUACCAUAGUAGAUGCAUUGGAUACUCUUUAUAUCAUGGGGCUUCACGAUGAAUUCAGAGAAGGACAAGAGUGGAUUGACAAAAAUCUUGAUUUCAGUGUGAAUUCUGAAGUGUCUGUUUUUGAGGUCAACAUUCGCUUCAUUGGUGGUCUUCUAGCAGCAUACUACCUUUCAGGACAAGAGGUUUUCAAGAUUAAAGCAGUGCAACUGGCAGGAAAACUUCUUCCAGCCUUCAACACACCUACAGGUAUACCAUGGGCAAUGGUGAAUCUGAAAAGUGGUGUGGGUCGAAACUGGGGCUGGGCUUCUGCUGGCAGCAGCAUCCUCGCUGAAUUUGGUACUCUACACAUGGAAUUUGUCCACCUCAGCUAUUUGACAGGGGACCCUGUAUACUACAACAAGGUCAUGCACAUUCGGAAGUUACUUCAAAAAAUGGAUCGUCCUAAUGGACUUUAUCCAAAUUAUUUGAAUCCAAGAACGGGCCGGUGGGGUCAGCAUCACACGUCCGUGGGCGGGCUGGGAGACAGUUUUUAUGAAUAUUUAUUGAAAGCCUGGCUUAUGUCAGACAAGAUGGACACGGAGGCAAGGAAAAUGUACGACGAUGCAAUUGAGGCCAUAGAAAAACAUCUCAUCAGAAAGUCCAAUGGAGGACUCACCUUCAUUGGGGAGUGGAAGAACGGGCACCUUGAAAGAAAGAUGGGCCAUUUGACCUGUUUUGCAGGGGGAAUGUUUGCCCUUGGAGCAGAUGGUUCCAGAGAUGAUAAAGCUGGACAUUAUUUGCAGCUUGGAGCUGAAAUUGCACAUACGUGUCAUGAGUCAUAUGACAGGACAACAUUAAAACUAGGUCCAGAAGCCUUCAAAUUUGAUGGUGGUGUAGAGGCAGUGGCGGUGCGGCAGAACGAGAAGUAUUACAUCCUAAGACCGGAGGUGAUUGAAACCUACUGGUAUAUGUGGCGAUUUACCCACGAUCCCAAGUACAGGCAGUGGGGCUGGGAGGCAACACAGGCAAUUGACAAGUAUUGCCGAGUCAGUGGUGGCUUUUCUGGUGUCAAGGAUGUCUAUUCCUCAUCUCCUACAUACGAUGAUGUACAGCAGAGCUUUUUCCUUGCUGAAACUUUGAAGUAUUUGUAUCUGCUUUUCUCCAAUGAUGACCUUCUACCGUUAGACAACUGGGUUUUUAACACAGAAGCUCAUCCUUUGCCUGUUUUACAUUUAGCCAACACCACGCUGUCAGGAAAUCCUGCAUAUCGAUAAAAACAGCUCUACGAAGAGGAAAAGAGACUGUUUUCAGCUCUGAUUUGUUUACAUGGACCACUUGAGACUUUGGGCGGGAGAGGAGACAGACACUUGAUGAGACUAGUCCUCUGAGUCAAGCAAAUACCAGUGGGAGAAAAAAAGCUCUUCAACAUAUAGAUAAGUUAAAACUGAGAAAAAAUUUCUGUUUUAUACAUGACCAAAACACAUUAGUGUGGUAUUUGCAGGACAGAGACUUCAUGUGCUUUGAACGCUAGCAAGAAAUGAAAUCACUGUUUAAUAUUAAUGCAGCAGCAGAAGGAAGAAGAAGCUUUCCCAUCCAGGGAGAGGAACUUGAUGCUGCUGCAAGGAACAACACACCAGUCACCUCUUCAGAUCGGGUGGGUUCCAAAUACCUAGAUUUUAUUUUUCUUUUUUUUGUGUUUGAUGGUGGCAUGAACAAAGCAACAACAAAAAGCAACAUUACUGCACCAGCAGCAUCAGAAUUUGAAUUUUUUUGUGUACCUGUCUGAAUUUUUUAAGGAGCAUCUGUUUGUCCAGACUGGCAGCCAUUCUCAGGGCCUCUAAGCUAUUAAAACUAGACUCUAA